UUACUUCCAUGUGUGACACGCAGACGGCUACUGUGAGACUCCGCAUGCUUGUUUUUAGAGCAUGUGGACAGUGAACAGUAAAAUCUUUUGAAUAAUAUAUCUCCAUCAGCGGUUUAAAACCAAUUGACAGCAAAAAGGACUAAUUAGUGAAAAUUAUUUCGGAAGACGAACAAUUGUUUAAAAAAUGGAAAACGACGAUAUUGUUUGGUCGAUUAUCAACAAGUCUUUUUGUUCUUAUAAAGUCAACACAAAAACUCAGAGGUUCUGCAGAAAUGAGUAUAACCUUACUGGAUUAUGCAAUCGUUCAGCUUGUCCACUAGCCAACAGCCAGUAUGCCACAGUCAGAGAAGAAGAUGGAAAUUGUUUUCUUUAUAUGAAGACAGUUGAAAGGUCUGGAUUUCCUCGUAACAUGUGGGAGAAAGUAAAGCUGUCUAAAAGCUUGGAAAAAGCCCUUCGACAGAUUAACGAGUACCUUGUGUACUGGCCAGGCUUUACUAGGCAAAAGUGCAAACAGCGACUGCUUAAAAUCUCCCAAUAUCUAAUACGAAUGAGAAAAUUGAGGCUUCGAAGACAGAAGAAACUGGUACCUAUCCAAAGAAAACAAGAUAGACGUGAGCGUCGCCGAGAAGAAAAAGCCCUAGUCGCAGCCCGUUUAGAUUCGGCUAUCGAAAAAGAACUUCUAGAACGUCUUAAACGGGGAACUUACGGUGACAUUUACAACUUCCCCCAAGUUGCUUUUAAUAAAGCUUUAGAAGAGGAGGAAGACGCGGAAGUGAAUAUGGAAGGCGAUGAUUAUGGAGAAGAUGAAGAAAACGAAGGAGAGGAGCCAGACGAGGAUAUUGACGAAGAGCUAGAGAAAGAACUAGAAGAAGAAAGCGAAAACGAAGAGAUUGAAUAUGUUGAAGCUGACAGUGAUCUAGAAAGAGAGUUAGAAAGUGAAUCAGAUUUGGAAGACAUUGAACCUAAAGCUUCAAAUUCUGUCAAAGAUAACACGAGGAGAAAACCGAGACUUGAAAUUGAAUACGAAACAGAAACUCUUUCCAAAAACCCGAAACGUACAGUGUAGUUUUGAACGUGACAAUACACUUAUGCUUGUACCCUAUGAUCCAUUAACGGACAAAUACAACAAAUGCAAGCGUC